AUGACCGACUCUAGCAGGGAGCCAACCUGGGUGGGACAGUUGGAAAAGGAGCUAAGCUCGUCCACUGCGAAGAUACUCAAGCCUGGAACUGAGGGCUACGAUGAAAGCCUCAAGCGCUUCAACGGUGCCAUUGAGAAGCGGGCUCCCGCUGUAGUGAUGGUCAAAAGCGACGAGGACAUCGCGACCACCGUCAAGUUUGCUGUCUCCAAUGAGGUCCUCUUGGUCGUGAAAGGAGGUGGUCAUACGAUUUCGGGAGGAUCCUCGACGGACGAGGGCAUCGUUGUUGACCUCUCGCAAAUGCGCGGCGUCCAGAUCAACAAAGAAACUCGUGAAAUCGUCGCACAAGGCGGUUGCCUCUGGGAAGACGUAGACGUCGCGGCUGCAGCGGAAGGGUUGGUCACUGUCGGGGGCACCGUCAACCACACCGGGAUUGGAGGACUGACUCUGGGUGGUGGCUACGGCUACCUCAGUGGACUGUACGGACUGACCAUCGACAACCUUCUUCGGGUGAAGAUCGUGCUGGCCGACGGGUCUUGCCUGGUCGCAUCAGAAACCGAGAAUCCCGAUCUGUUCUGGGCGGUCCGAGGAGCCGGUCGAGGGUUCGGCGUGGUCACGGAGUUUGUCUUUAGAGCUCAUCCAGCGCCAGCCUCUGUUUGGGCGGGCAUGCUGGGGUUCACGAUGGACAAACUGCAUGCACUGAUUGCUGCUUUCAACGAGGUCGCUGGACGAGAAGACCCGCGUGCGUGCCUUUCAUUUGGAUUCGCCACCCCUCCUGGGUCGAACGUGGUCAUGCCACUAGCUCUUCCGGUAUACUUUGGUACUGAAGAGGAAUCAAAAGCCUUCUUCGCUCCUUUUUUCGCUUUGGAACCGACGAUGAAUUCUACUGCGGUAUUGCCAUCAUAUACUGCUGUCAAUAGCCUGUUGAAUCCCAUGGCCAAGCAUGGUGGAAGGAAAAACGGCGGCGGCUCCAACUUCACCCUCCCUCUCAACGCGGACAAGGUCUCGGACAUAUUCCAGGACUUCAACCGGUUUGUCUUGGCCAAUCAAGGUUCCAUUGAGGCGGUCUUUAUUUUCGAGGCCUGGCCAAAUAAUAAGAUCCGCGAGGUUUCGAACGAGGCCAUGGCAUUCUCCAACCGGGGAGCGUAUCACAACGUGGCCACCUCCAUGAAGUGGGAGGACCCGGCACUCGAUGACGAGUUCCGCGAGUUCAACCGAAACUUUUUAAAAAAGAUCGGUCGCGAAAUGGGCAUCGAUGGUGCCGCGUCUGGACAAAAGGGCGAGGGCUCUGGCAUAUAUGCUAACUCUGCCACGGCUGAAUACACCCCGCAAGAGAUCUACGGCCGAAACUCGACGAAGCUUAAGGUGUUGAAAAAAAAGUAUGACCCAGGCAAUAUCUUCUCCCCCGCGAAGAUGGUGAGCCUAACGCAUAUGUGA